GGAAGGCGGAAAGCUUCAGCAGAGCCGCAAAACUCGCGCCCCACGGGUCCGCCCUGGAUCUUCGAUUGUCCGCCGAAGCUCAGACGACAGCAACCUAUCUCUCUCUCCCUCUCUCCAUCGCUCACAUCAUCGCAAAGAUGGGUAAGCAGACUAGCACGAUCGGAAUCCCGAUCAAGCUUCUUAACGAAGCGCAGGGCCAUGUUGUCACCCUCGAGAUCACGUCCGGCCAGGUUUACAGAGGAAAGCUCCUUGAAGCUGAGGACAACAUGAACGUUCAGCUCAAGGAUAUCACCGUUACAGCGCGCGAUGGUCGUGUGUCACAUCUGGACCAGGUCUACAUUCGGGGAAGCCAUGUGCGAUUCUUCAUCGUGCCGGAUAUGCUGAGAAACGCCCCCAUGUUCCGUUCCCGAGGCCAGCGUGGACGUGGUGUCGGUCUCGCUCGUGGUAAGGCCACAGUCAACAGAGCCAGAGGCCAAAGGAGAGGAUAGAUGCGUAUUUUCAUUUGGGGACUCAUUCAAAAAAAAAAAGGAAAAAAGGAACAUCAGUACAUGUUCAUCCCGGCGCUGGGGAGAUAUGUGGCAUUAUUUUCAUGCGUAUCCCCUUUUCACCUUCACCUUAUAUCCGCGCCAGUUGUUUCGACGGGAUAUCUCUCGAUCUGUUUCCAGGUCUGAGAUCUGAGAUCUAUACGGGCAUCAACCAGGGCACAACUUCAGUUCUUCACUGCCCGGUCAGCCUGUUCGGACUGGGUCAGGAAGGUGGAAAGCAUGUCGGAUACUUUUAAUGGCUUGAAAUUUAUGGCGACUUUUGAGAUUGCUUUUUUCUAGAAGGCCACAGAGAGCUACAAUGAAAAAUGACCUAGUCCGAAAUUUCUUUU